AUGACCAAAUACGACAUUCAGACCCUUCUGGCAGCGAAACCAAAUGCUCACAUAGACCUGGAAAGAUUCAGCGACCAGGCGUUUACUAACAACCUGGUCCGGUCCAAUGUCUUGUCCGAGCAGUCCGUCAACCGGCCAAGGAACGUGUCCGGCGGCAAUCCCCGUCGCAAUGGACUUGCGCCAUUAGUACUGAACACGCAGAAUGCCCCUCGUCAGCCAGAGCAUGAAACCUUGUCGUCUUCCAAUUCUCAGUUUGACGACGCAUUUGUGCGAUUUGUAGAGCAGCACACGUCUCCGAAACCACAACGAGUCACUGCCGGUGGCCGCAUCGUACCGAUGAAUCCGUGGGAUUCUCCUCCAAAAUGGAGUCUGCCUUUGAGUUCCAAGGCCGCGAGUGCUGCAAACAGCGAGGUGUCCAAGAACGCUGGUUCGGUUGCGAAAAGCGAAGCAAAACCGAAACCUGAAAACCGACCCAAACAGCAGGCAACCAACCCCGAGAGCAAGGCCCCAAAGUCAAACCCCUUGCCUGCAGAUGCCGCCAACGCUCCAUGCUUCCAGCCUCUCGGCAACACAAGCCCGUUCCAAUAUGCCAGCGCUCCCUUCGGUUCUCAGCAGCCACAAGGACCUGCGUUGCCCGCUUACCCAGUCCUCGGUAUCGGUGGUGAUAACUUCUUGAAUGCUUUUGCUCAGCCGCCAACUCCAUCACAACUCAUUGGUGCACAACCCUCGCCGGCCGCUUUCGCAUUUCAGCCACACCCGUCUCCUACAGCGACAGCGGGAUUCCCAGGCUUGAAUGCAUUUCCGCCCGCCCCGUUUAGUCCUUACCAGACGAGUUUCGCACCAAGUCCCUCUGGACUCAAUGCCCAGUGGCCGCAGCUACCCCAGCUGCCCCAGUUGCCACAGCUGCCCCAGCUCCCCCAGCUUCCACAACUUCCACAACUUCCACAACUUCCCCCUCUGCCCCAGAUCCCACAAAUGCCUCAGCUAUCUCAAGCUUCUCCAGCUGUCAGUCACCAAUUACCUACAGCCAAUCAACAAUUCGUCCCAUCUUUCCUUCAGGAUGCUGUGUACCAAAAGUCGCUGGAAGAUGCUACCAAGCAGUAUGAUGCACUUUCUGCGCAACUUUCCCAGAUUGACCGGUUCACCGCGAUGCAUGCGUGGGUCAUCGAUCCGGAGACGAAGAAACUGUUGGUUGAACAACGAAAGAGUCUGGUGCGAGAACUUGACACGGUGAGACUGUACAGGGAGCAUUUGCAGGUGCUCUUCGGGAAACACCUGAUGAAUAAUACUCUGAGAAGCCGCCAGGAGAGUGUUCCUAUCCCAGUCACACCUCCCAGGAACGAGGCAUGGGAGACGCCUACCAAGUCCAAGUCCAGGUCGUUGUCGCCAACUGUCCGCAACCUCUACCGCACCAUCGAAGAGACUGACGAGCGCGGGGAACCAAUUGAUGGGCUGCUCCGUGCACUAUCAGGCGCCUCCAAAGGGCUUGCAAAGAGAUUGAGCGAAGAACGCAAAAACUCGCUAGCUGUUGCUGCUAGAGAGCCUGUUCCCCAGAGGGAGUUGCCUAGCAGAGCUAGCACGUUUGUCAAAGUGAGGGAGGAGUCCUUGCAUGAAGCACCCGAGAAAGCCGAGUAUGCUCAGCCCGUGCAGGUGUCAAGAAGGCUGUGGCAAUCAGAUCCCAUCUCACACCCUCCGUUCCUUUCUCAUUGCUUCAACAAGGAUUGGAGUCCGGUUCUGCAGAAGUCGGCCGCGCCGGCUAUAUCCCAGAACGUCACUGCUCAUGCUUUUCUUCCUUCUUUCGAUGGUGCGGGAAGAUCAGCCGAUGGCUUCGAAGUGAUCUAA